AUCCUGACCCUGGAGAGAAGCCUGAGCAGUUCCUAAAGCCACCAGACGUAACUGCAGUGAGCAAAAAGAACAUUAGUGCCCAUGAGACAACCAGAGCAGGUAUAAGAAAAAGAUCCCAUGGAAGUCCCGGCCUCAGGAAAAGCUCCCUCGGAUCGAAUCCCAAGAGGCUGUCUCUCCGGAGAAGCAGUCCCAGGAAGGACAAUAUCAUGAGUUCGUUUAACUUGUCCCUGAGAGCGCUCAGCCCCACUCCUCGAGCCGAGCGGCGCUCUUGGCGUCGUUCGAGCCUGAAGGGGACGAAACGCCGAAAAUCUCUGCCUCCUGUUCACCAAGAUGUCACUGAAUUAAGCAAAUCAAUUAGCCUGGAUCUGCCGGAGACUGACCGGCUCUCUACGCUGCUGCUGUCCAGUUUCCAGUUUUCUGCGCAGAAGCUCGAACACGUCUUGAAGCAGACCGACGGCUUUAACCCCGAGGCUUUCAAAGCCAACGCGCACUCGGUGUCGGAAGACCUGAAGCGUUACGUGCAGAAAUUAAAACAAGACGGAACGCUCAAGAGCUGCGUGGAAAACCCUCAAGGGAUUUCUCUGGACACGGCUUUGGAGGAAUCGGUGGCGCAAGUGAAGGAGUACAUCACCAGGUUCACCGCCGAAUGCCAAGCCUGGGAUCAGCUCUUGCUGCGCCACCAGGAAAGCGCCGCAGAAAUCUCCAGGCAGCUGGAGGAGCGCAAGCGGAGCGGGGCUGGCACCGAGCCCCCGAAUUACCUCCAGACGUCGCAAGCGCACGUCCUCGGCACCAAACCCAACUACCAGCAGCUCCUGGAUGAGCAGCGGGACGUCCUGAGCUGCGUCGAGCUUGGGCUGGAUGAACUCCAGCAAGCGCUGAAGCUGCUGCAGGGCUUCAGCGAGGACAGCCACCGGUACCUCCGGCAGCUCUCGGAGCAGCUCGGUGAGCGGGAAUCGGUCCCGUGGGGGGGGUGUGUGGACCG